CGAUGUUGCGGUUAAAACGACGUGUGGGUUACUUACACAAAAUGUUGCAUAUCUUAAGGCUGACACAGCAAAUUCCUAUCGAAAGAGUUGAAGACAAAAAAUGUACACCACAUAUACCACAGCUGAUCGCCAUGGUUAUAGUGUAAAGUAUUCAACAUUUGAAACAGAUCGGCUGCUGCUGGCAACAAGCCAACUUUAUGGCCUGGCCGGCGGUGGUUCUUUAUUUCUUUUACAGCAUCUACCGGCGAAAGGUCUCAACGAGAUUGGCCGUCUCGAGUGGUCUGAUGGUCUAUUUGAUGUUUCAUGGUGCCCCUAUGCCAAUAACAUUGCGGUCACCUCAUCGGGUGAUGGCUCCCUGCAGAUAUGGUCUGGCCUAGAUGCCGAUAGUGAGUCAGCCAUGAAAAUACCCCAAAAACCUGUGAUGUGUUUGCGUGAGCACAAAAACGAGGUAUACAGCGUAGACUGGAGUGAAAAAUGGAACUAUCAUCAAAUACUGUCGGCCAGUUGGGACGGCUCUAUCAAAUUGUGGGAUUGUAAUCGCCAGAAAUCGGUGGCCACCUACAGUGGUCAUUCCGAUUUGAUAUACAGUGCUAAAUUCUCACCAUUUAUAGCAAAUAUCUUUGCUAGUGUAGGUACAGAUGGACUGCUAAAUUUAUGGAAUUCUUUUGAUUUUUCAGGUAAACCUCUGAUGUCGGUACCCGAGGCGCAUAACAGUGAGAUACUUUCGAUGGACUGGAGUAAACUCGAUCGCAAUGUUCUGGUGACUGGAGGCGCCGAUGGUCUGGUGAGAGCAUGGGAUCUGAGAAAUAUGCGUGAACAUGUAUUCGAAUUGUACUCGGGAGAUUUUGCAGUGCGAAGAUUGGCCUUUUCGCCGCACAAGGCGACCGUGUUGGCAUCGGCAAAUUAUGAUUUUACCACAAGAAUUUGGGAUUUCAGCGUUUCUGCGGAUGCUGUCGAAAUACAUGAACAUCACACCGAAUUCGUAUGUGGUCUGGACUGGAAUGCCAACAAACCACAUCAACUGGCCGAUUGUGGAUGGGACAGUGUCAUCAAUGUGUUCACACCAAAAACACUUAAAGUCUGAAGUGUAGGAAGGCAAAAUAUGGAAUACCAUAACCGAAUAGGAAUCACCACAGGAACAUCUAUACCAAAAACAAAAAGGCCUUAAAGACAGCAACAGCAUGCCGCAUGUAAACAAACUGAAUAACAGCCCAACUACGUCGUCAAGGUUCAAGUCACAACGUUUGUAACAAACAUUAAUACACAACCAUAACUUCGUAUGGGAUACGACGAAAACGGAUAUAGCGAAGCUAAAUAUCAAACAAACCCAAAUGUGAUAAUAGUGGAGAGCAUUGCAUGCAAACGAAAGAAACCAAAAUGAAAAAAAAAAAAUUACAAAACGAAAUGAGAAUUUUGUAAAAAGGAAAGAAAGACUAUAAAGAAAUUAGA